AUGCUGACGCUGAGAGAUGUGUCUCCCCCAGAGCCCGUCUGGCGCGAGACCCAGCACCUCAUCAUCCUAGCAAUUACCAAUGAGGACAACCAGAAUGAUGCUAACCUUUGCCGACCUACUGAAGCGCUUUCUCAAGAGGAAUACUUCCAGGAAGACAAGUAG